UCCGCCGGAUCGCUUGUACUCUUCGACAAUUCGGAGAUCCCCACCCGGAGGCGGAAUGCCGGCGAGGAGUAGCCUCGGAGCCGCGGGGGCGGCUGUUGCUGCGGCGGAGGAGAAGGAUGCAGAGCUGGAGGUGACUCCCGGCGGAAUGGUGGUCCAGAAGCGCGAUCCCGACGCCGCGCCUCCGGCCGCCGUCGUGCCGACCAUCCGCCUCAAGGUGAAGCACGGAUCCGCCUACCACGAGAUCUACAUCAGCUCCCAGGCCACGUUCGGGGAUUUGAAGAAGAUGGUCGCGGAGCGCGUGGGAAUGCACCCGCUGGACCAGAGGAUCAUUUACAAGGAUAAGGAGCGGGACUCCGCCACCUUCCUAGACACCGCCGGCGUGAAGGACCGGUCGAAGUUGGUGGUGGAGGAGGAUGCCACGGCGAAGGCCAAGCGGCUGCUGGAGAUACGGAAGAACCACAAGAUGGAGAAGGCCGCCAAAGCCAUCGCCGCCAUCGCGCGUGACGUCGACAAGCUCGCCUCCAAGGUUUCGGCAUUGGAGACGAUCGUGAACAAAGGUGGGAGAGUGGUGGAGGAGGACGUGAUUCGAUUGAUCGAACUGUUGAUGAACGAGUUGAUCAAAUUGGACAGCGUCGUCGCCGAUGGCGACGCUAAGCAACAGAGAAGAAACCAGGUGAACAGAGUGCAGGCAUACGUCGAAACCCUAGACCGAAUCAAGAUCAAGAACUCAGCUCCGAAAGGCAAUGCCCAACCCAAACAACAACAGAACAGAGAACCAAAACCUCAGCGGCGAGUCCAAUUUCAGCAGCAGCAGCAGCAGCAGCCAGUAAUCGUGACAACAAACUGGGAGACAUUCGAUUCCUUACUCAUCCCAUCCACCUCCACCGCCACAAUCACCGUUGCGCCGCCCGCAACCACCACAAGGCUUGAUUGGGAGCUGUUUUGAAAGAAGAAGAAGAGGAAGAAGAAGAAGAACCUUAAAACCAAAACAGUAUGUGUGAUUAAACUUCCUCUCAAUCUGAAUUCAAAAUCACAUCUUGCUGCCCUUCCAUUAUUAUUUUUGUGUGCAUAUCUUCACAUAAUACUUGAGAUCCAUGAAACAAUAAGAUUAUUGUACCUACUACCAUCACUGCUAUGAGAAUUUUGUCUACAAUAUUGUAGAUUGCCAAAAAGUUGUUUU